AUGGAUUUAAAAACAAAUUGUACUGAGUUGUCAGACUCCAGCUGCGAUUUUUUGGCUUCUGAGUUGAUUUGAGAUCACUUCGUGGAGACUAAUGAGAGAUCAGAAGAAGUAAAAACCGAACAUGGAAGAGAUUCAAGAGAAAAGACAAGUAAAAGAGCUUCGAAACUGAAGGAUAACACUACCAAAAGAAAUAGAAACACUAAAGCUUACCGUGGAAGAGAUCAACCAACCUAUGAGACUUAUCUCCAAGAAUCUAAAGAAGCUCCCAAAUUCCUGAAUAGCCCUAAAUUCUUGUCCAAGAAUGUUUUUGAGAAAGUAGCUAUUCCUAGUUAUCAAUCUUCAGGGAGUACUCUGUUGAGGAAAUACAUCGAGAAUAUCACCUGUAUCCUUACAGGAUCAGAUGGAUGUCACAAAAGCCAUAAUAAAAGACUGAAACAUGUUGGUAGACUUAAUGGAGAAGGUAUUUCAAACAAAAAAGUCUGGCUAGUCCAGACUAGUUUCCCUGAGCAAAUUGGGGAUGCACGAAUUGACAUCAAUAAAGCUAUCGUUGUAGUUAGGAAUCCAUGUGAUGCUAUCUAUUCUCACUUUAACAGAUUAAUUAAUAAAGACUUGAGCAGAAAGAUUUCUCCAAUUGAAAUGGAAGAGUACAAAGAAAGCUGGGAGAAAUUUGUCGACCAAGAAAUUAGCGUUUGGAGAGAAUUCCACGAUUAUUGGAUGCUCGAACCCACCAUCCCUACACUCAUAGUGAGACAUGAAGAUCUUAUCGACAAACCGAAAAGAGUCCUUAAUAGCGUUUUCAAAUUUUUGUUAGGCUCGAAUCUGGAGGAUACCCUGGUUAGUCACCUUAUCGAAAAGGCAACAGAGGAGGAGAAACAAGAGGACUACAAGCAGAACGAGCCUGGGUACAGUUUCCCAUAUUACUCUGAGGAGCAAAUUUCUAUAAUGAAAUCAAAGGCUGGAUGUGUCAUCAGAAGAUUAGGAUUUUCAGAUAAAAAAGAGUCUUUAGAGUCAAAUAUUGCUAUUACCAACUUCUUUGAAGAAGACAAGCUUUUUGAAGAAGCUAAAGAGUAUGAAAAGGAUAUAAUUGUUAAAGGAAGAAAGGAGUAUCAAGUCUGAAUGAGAUAUGACUACUUUUUCCUAAAUUCUCUUCAAACAUCAUUAGUAAUGAGUGAAGAAACUAAAAUGCUGGCAAGCGAACGCAAAAGCUUUCAGAUAAACUCUGAAGCUGAGAGUAUCAGAAUGAAGACAGGUUGGACAUAUAAGCCAUCCAACCCCUUUAAGCCCAAAAGGAUGUAGAACGGUAAAGGUGAAGAUUAUAAUAUGUACAUUGUUUACAGUUACAA